UGUGCCACGCCAUCGAAAUCAGUCGCAGAAAUACUCCGUAUGGGUGAGGUUGUGUUAAUCUGGGGUUUUAAUUCAUCCCAUUCCGUGCCAAAUUCUGAGAAGUGUCUUUGUUGUCCAUAGAAUUCGGCAGAAAUUAGUUUUAAUUUUAAAUACUGAUUAAAGUUUAAGUGAAAACCUACAACCACUGCACAAAGUUUUAAAAAUUUCAUAAUCUGUUAUCAAAACGCUAUCUUAUCUGUGAGUUACUUAGGAGACUGUUUAUAAAAUUCUACGUAUGUUUGUGAAUUAGAGUUCUUAUCAAAAAUUUAUUCAUACCUUCGUUAGUGUAGAGGAAACAUUUAGAGCCCGGCAAAAUAGUUUGGAAUAUAUUGUUUUGACAGAUCUCAUCCCAUUUGUACAACUUUAAAUUUAGUGUGAAUGGCGAUGAAAGCCGGUGAUACACAUAAAACGCUGUAAAAUCAAGGUGGUGACAUAUUUAUGUAAAAGUAGUUAACACGAUUGAAGGUAUGAAAUUAAACUGCCUAAUUGAAAGGGAGAGCAGUAUGAAUGAAUCAGUGAGCAUCUAGUUGAUAAACAAUAUGAAGAGUGUUAAUUGUGAAAAAGUGAGAAGAAUGAGCUUUCCUAGAAAAAUGAGUGUAUUCAGUUUAAGCAGCUUAUGUUUGCCAUCAAAGAAAUUGUUUAGUGUCUUUAUAUUGUUGAGUUUACAUUUAGUUAGUGGUUUUAAUUUGGAAAAUCGACUGCCAAUCAUAAAAUAUGGAGAGAAGGAUUCCUACUUUGGAUAUUCAGUGGCUAUGCAUGUUAUUGGAGAAAAGGAAAGUUCUGAUAACAGAAAAUGGUUGCUGGUAGGUGCUCCGCUUGGACAGAACUUGCAGCCUCAGACUAAUCAUUCAGGGGCUCUCUUCAAAUGUCCCAUCACUCAAAAUUCCAACGACUGCUCCCAAAUUAUAACCGAUGGUCGGAGAUUACCUGGCGGAGCUUAUGAACCUUCCUUUGACGAUGAGGAUACCAUAGAAAGUCUUGCGCCACCAAUUUGGGCAGAUGAACUCAAGGAUGAUCAAUGGAUGGGAGUUACGGUGAGGUCACAGGGGGCCAGUGGCAAAGUGUUAGUUUGCGCUCAUCGGUACAUUGCCAUAAUGGGAGAAUCUCGAUUUGGACAAGGACUGUGCUAUGUUCUCAGCAAUGAUCUCAAAUUUGAUGAGAUUUAUGAGCCGUGCAAAGGGCGCAGCACAGCCAGAGCUCACGAAGACUUUGGGUACUGUCAAGCUGGGACAUCUGGUGCUCUUUUGGAUGAUGACACUCUUGUCUUAGGAUCACCAGGUCCUCUGACUUGGCGUGGAAUGAUUUUUGUGAUUUCGGUUGGAGGAGAGUACCUGACAAGGGAUAAAACCAACUACUACUCUCCGCAUACCGACGCUUCCUCACCUGUGGACAAGUACAGUUACUUGGGUAUGGCAGUGACUGGAGGCCGAUACUUUGGUCCUCAUAUGUCUUAUGUCGCCGGCGCCCCGAGGUCCGCCGGCCAUGGUCAAGUAAUGAUUUUCUCAAAGGGAGACCCACCCACGUCCAAUCCCAUCAAUUUAACUGCCGUCCUCGACGGUGAGCAAUUUGCAUCGAGCUUUGGCUACGAACUUGCCACUGCGGAUGUAAAUGGGGAUGGACUUCCUGAUUUACUCGUGUCGGCACCCUUUUAUUUCUCCCGCGACGAAGGUGGUGCUGUGUACAUUUAUCAAAAUGAAAAUCAUCGACUUCCCGCAAUUCCAAAGCUAAAACUCACCGGAAAAUUGGAAUCUCGAUUUGGGCUGGCCCUGGCCAAUCUGGGAGACAUCAAUAAGGAUGGCUUUGAGGAUGUUGCAAUUGGGGCUCCUUAUGAAAAUGACGGAGUGGUGUAUAUUUAUCUGGGAUCUGAAAAUGGUCUCAAUAGGAAACCCAGUCAAAUCAUUACUGCUUCUAAUGUAAGAUCAUCUCUGAAGACCUUUGGCAGUUCUCUCUCAGGUGGAAUUGAUGUUGACAACAAUUCCUAUCCUGAUCUUCUAAUUGGAGCUUAUAGUUCUUCAGCUGCUAUUGUACUCCUGGCCAGACCAAUUACAAAUAUCACAACUCAAGUUGACGGAACGUAUUUGACGAAUAUUGAUCCAGCCAAAGCAGGAUGUCGCAGUGAUCCUGGAACUAAUUUGACGUGCUUCCAAUUUAGAGCGUGCUGCGCGAUUGAACAGAUGGAGACGUCCACUUCAUUCCAGUAUCUCAAUCUUGAGUACAUUAUCGAGGCGGAGACUUUCAACAAUCAGAAGAAAUUCAGCAGAGUCUUCUUUGGUCAGGACUUCAAGAAGCGCAGCAAUAUUGUGCGCCGGUCCAUUCAGGUCAAGAGCAAUGGACAGAUGGAUUGUAUUGAGGAAAUUGUGUACAUCAAAGAAGGCACAAGGGAUAUUCAGAGUCCCAUUAAAUUCCAUCUCAAUUAUACAUUUGUGGAACCAAGGCUGAAGGAUUCUGGACUCAUUGCUCUGAAUCCCAUUCUCAAUCAAGCUCAAGCUAAUCGGAAGUUUGAGGCGACUUUCCAGAAAGAUUGUGGCAGCGACGACAUCUGCGAGUCACAGCUCGAAGUCUCUGCUGAGCUGGAACUGCAGCAGGAGGACAAUCAGUAUACUCUUGUCCUGGGAGAGCGUGAUGAGCUUCAGUUGAAUGUGACAGUGACAAAUCAGGAGGACUCUGCGUACGAAGCCCAGUUAUUUAUUCAGCAUCAGCCAAGUGUCUCCUACAUCGCUGCCAUUCGCUCAGGAACGGUCAUCUGCAACAGAUUCAAUGAGACCAUUGUGGCAUGUACCCUUGGGAAUCCUCUCAAACGAGAUGGAGUAGCCAAGGUUACGGUGCGCUUCGAUCCAAGCGGCCUGGAGGACUCUGUGCCACGACUGAACUUCCGAAUCUGGGCCAAUUCAACUUCCAAGCAAAUAACUGAGCUUCCUCCCACGAUGUUGGAUGUGAAAGUGGCGAAGAAGGUUCAGGUGAGCAUCAAGGGCUGGGCCAGACCGGAACAGUCCUUUUACGGUGGAGAAAUCAAGGGCGAAAGUGCAAUGGAGUACUUUGACGAUGUCGGAACAGUUGUCCAUCAUACAUAUCAGAUUUACAAUGAUGGACCCUGGAAGGCUCCCUAUGUCGACGUUCGCAUCUUAUGGCCUCAUCAGGUGGCCAAUGACAAGGAGCAGGGCAAAUGGCUUCUGUACCUUGAGGAAGAGCCGACUAUAGAAGGUGCAAAUGGAUCUGGGGAGUGCUUCAGGAGUGGUGACAAGAUAAUUAAUCCACUGGGCUUUAAGAAGCGUGCCCUGAAUCUCCAACGUGGUUUCUUGGAUGAGGAUCUGCCUCCAGAACCCUAUAUUCGGCGUACACAUAACAAAUCCGCCUUGUACUCAGCUGCUAGCUAUGAAAAAUCCUCAAUGGGCUCGUCGAAGUUUGAGAGUGCUCCUGUGAAUCGCGUGAGGAGAGAUCAUGCCGUUGUCAUUCGAGCGGAUAGCCUCGUGGACAAGGAUGGUAAGAAGUCUGACGUGGUGCACAUGGAUUGUGCCCGGAAGACGGCCAAAUGUGUAGAAAUUCACUGCGCCAUCUACAAUAUGCCACGAAAAACGGAAGUUUAUAUCCAUGUUAAGGCCCGGCUCUGGAAUUCAACUCUUGUCGCUGACUAUCCUCGUGUUGAUCGGGUUCACAUUGUGUCAAGGGCGAGUAUCAGCAUUCCGGAACUGUAUGGGAUAGAACAGCCAAGGGGAAAUAAUUCUGCAGCUGUGGAUACUUUGGCGUAUCCGGAAUUGCUGGAUGUGGGCGGAGAUGGUCCAGUGCCUAUUUGGGUGUACAUUGUGUCAAUUGUGUUUGGUAUCCUGGUGCUAAUUAUUCUCAUCUUCAUUAUGUGGAAGUGUGGCUUCUUCAAGAGACGACGACCGGAUCCGACUCUGAGCGGGAAUCUCGAGAAGAGUGAGACGAAGCCUUUCAUAUCGAAGUAAGAGAUGAGGAAUAGCCUUAGAAAAAUUGUGAUUUGACUGUAUUUCUUUUCCAUUUAAAGGACAUCUGUUCCUAUUGAUUCUUAGCAAUAGGAAUAUUAUUGAUUUUUAAUGAUUGAAUUGAUUGAAUUUGCGAAUUCAUUCUCUUGGCUGAGAGAUUGUUAGGAAGUAUGAGGUUAUGUCGAUGGAACUUAAAAACAAGGUACCUUGAAUGAGAAAGCUCUGAUAUUUCUCGUCCGGUUGGGUAAUGAUGAUGUUCUUUUGAAAGGAUUCUUACUCUGUAGACUCCAUUAUUGUUAUUUUUUCACUGAAACACUCUGAAUAACUUUUGAGCUCUUUAUUUACGUCCAUUUUAUUCUGCGUCUAGUCCAAGUCUGCUGUUGACAGCCUGUCAAUCGUUUUUUUCGUCUCUUUGUCUGUUCUAAUUGCCCUCUCGCGGCAAUUACUGCGAAUAUCGUCCUUCUUCUUCUUCUUCUAUUUUAUGUAAGGCUGUCGGACUCACUCGGGUCCAUUAGCCAAAGUAAAGUACAGUAGACUCUCUCUCAAUCGGGAAUAUGGGGCAAAAUGUCAUCCGGUUUAGCGAUAGAAUUGAGCGUUAAAGCCUUUGUAAAUUCCACAAAAAGCGCUCAAUUAUAAAGAAUCACGAUAAAAUAGGAAGAACUACAGCGAAUUUGAGCGAAUUAGCUUCAUAAUUAAGCGUGAAAAUUGUCAACAAAAUUUGACGCCCGAUUGAAAAAGAGCCGAUUGAGUGAGAGUCUACGUAUCGUCCGUCUCGUCAUUUGACUCAAGUGUCAAAUAAAUCUGUUUGAAUAUCUUCAAAUAGACUCUGAUCAAUUCUGUGUGAUCUUCUACAGUGAAAAGUUAAACUUGAUAGUUCCUGAACGCAAUUGAAUUUUAUUUUAACAAAAAAAAUUCUGCGUAUUUGACAUUCAAAAUACGCCUUUUGGCCUUUGACGUUAAACUGCUCGUAACCUCAAUGUUUCAAUAAAAUCUCUCAGCCAAAUAGGACAAAGAGGUAAUUAAUCGUUAAUUUUUAAUGUUUUUAAUGCGAAAUAUUUCAGAAAUGUUAUGCUUAAUGGUACUUUUGAUAUAUAAUUUAUUAGAGUUUUCCCCCAUGCAUGGCAUUUCCAUUAAAAAGAAAAUCCCUGUAACCGUCUUAAUAGGAAAACAGUAACAAAUUUUUCUUAUAAAAUGUACUUAUUGGAACGUUUCCUACCAACUACAUAAUUUUAAAUAUUAGAAGUUUACACAACUUUUAUAUCUAUUUCCACGUAUAAUGUUAGAAUGUAUCGAAUGUAUACUUAAUCUGGGCGAAAGAAAAUAAAGAAUUUUUUUUAGUGAUUUUGCCAGAAUGCAGUAGUUUAUAAUUGUUUACGAUUUACAUUACAAGUUAAGAUUUGGGCCAAGGCUAUAGCGUAAAGGGCCAGGGAGAUAGCCUUUCAUACAGCGUAGAAUCAGAUUAGCCAUUUCGAAAUAUUAAAAUUAAAACACAACAGUGCAUUUAUUAAGUAAUAUUGUUAAUGGAGAACAUAAAAAAUUAAUUAUAUUUACUAGAUCAAAUAAAACACAAUUUGUAGAACAAUAAGUUGUACGAUGUUUUAUAAACUUCCUGAGCAUAAUGGUAAUAAAAAUUUAGCGCAGUAUUCGACUUAAAA